UCUUUGUUUGCACGAUCCGCUUGAUCCUGUCCCGGGAGUUCUGCCCCGCCCAGUGACAGACGCGGCUCUCUGAUUGGCCGUCGCCGGGGGGCGUGGUCAAACAACUGGCGGAGAUGACUUUGUCGUUCGGAUAGCCGCACGAACGCCAGUAUUGGGAGCAACCGGAGACGAGUGGGAGCGAGCCUCGUCCGCGCGCCGACGACGUUUUAAUUCCCCUAAAAGCGGUCAAAAUAGGCUUUGCCAUAAACGCCGUCUCCGCGGAGAGUACCUCGACUCAAAGGGCUGUUCUCGCACCCUUCCGUCGGACCGAAAGCGUGGAGGAAUCUUAAAGGAUUUUCUCUUCGCCCGUUUCUCCUUCCUGUUUUUUGUCCCUUUUGUUUUUGCUGCUGCGCCGGAGCGGGCGACCGGCACUGCCCCCUAUUGGUCCCGUGUGGAAACGCAGAACGACAGGGAGCCGAGCCGGCGGCCUAGCCUCUGUCCUAUCCGACGCUGUGGGUCCCACCAGCCGAGCUGUCCGAUGCGGAGUGAGGAUGAGCCCCGCUCUGGAAGCCCUCAUGCAGGCGGACGGUACACCUUAUACCGGGAAAGGGGUGAUGCUUGAGCCCUUCGUGCACCAAGUAGGAGGCCACUCCUGCGUGCUCCGCUUUGGGGAGCAGACGAUCUGCAAGCCCCUCAUCCCCCGCGAACACCAGUUCUACAAGAGCCUCCCUCCGGAGAUGAGGAAGUUCACCCCUCAGUAUAAAGGCGUAGUAUCGGUCAGCUUUGAAGAAGACGAGGAGGGCAACCUGUGCCUCAUCGCCUACCCCCUUCACAGUGAGACUGGUGACCUGGAAAACAAGGACCCCUCGGCGGACUGUGAACCCAAAAGCAAGAUGCUGAAGUGGAGCAACAAGAAACAGUCCACCCUGUUACUGGAGAACGACAACUACAGCAAAGACAGGGCCCGGCAAAUCCGCAAGGAGGACAAAAUCAUGAGCGUCAGUUACAGUCGUGACGAGCAGCAGCAAGCGGAGGUUCUCUACUACAGUUUAGAGAAAGGCAACGUGGUUUCUCAGAUCAAACACAACCCCUGGAGUCUCAAAUGUCACCAGCAGCACUUGCAGAGGAUGAAGGAAAACUCAAAGCACCGCAACCAAUACAAAUUCAUCCUGUUGGAGAAUCUGACAUGGCGCUACAGGGUGCCAUGUGUGUUGGACCUCAAGAUGGGAACACGUCAACAUGGGGAUGAUGCGUCAGAGGAAAAGAAAGCCAAUCAGAUCCGCAAAUGCCAGCAGAGCACAUCCUCCUCCAUUGGAGUUCGACUUUGUGGCAUGCAGGUGUACCAGUCGGACUCGGGCCAGUUGAUGUUUAUGAACAAGUACCACGGCCGUAAGCUGACCCUGCCAGGCUUCAAAGAGGCCCUGUACCAGUUCUUUCACGAUGGCCACCGCCUGCGCCGUGAGCUGCUCUCCCCGGUCCUGCGCAGACUCCGGGAGAUGCAAGCGGCCCUUGAGGCCUGUGAGUCCUACCGCUUCUAUUCCAGCUCCCUCCUUAUCAUCUACGAUGGAGACCCGCCUAGAAUCACCACCAGACCCAGACACCGAGGAGGAGAGGAGGGUGAUGAGGACGAGCCCUCAGAUGAAGAGGAGGAUGAGGAAGAGGAGGAAGGAGCCUUUGGUUUUGGGCCCCGUUCCUCGGCGGCGGGGGGCAGUGCCAGCCCGGCCGCUGGAGGAGGCAACAGCAGCAAUGGUCGCUCAUCCCGUAGCAUAGGCGAGGCCAGCAGCCCCUUGGUGGAUGUGCGCAUGAUUGACUUUGCCCACACCACCUGUCGCCAUUAUGGGGAGGACAGUGUGGUGCAUGAGGGAAAGGACAGUGGCUACAUCUUUGGCCUACAGAACUUGAUCACCAUCAUCUCCCAACUGGAGGAUCACAGUGCCGACUAAAGCCAGACUGGAACCACCGCUGGUCUGAAAUUCAAACCUGGGAGUAGCACGCUGAGCUGAUAGCCUACUCCGCUGGAGGUGCAUUGUCCUAAUGCCCAUGUCAGGGUCUGACCCUCUUCCCCCUCAUGGUGGUGGAGGGGGGAUUGGGACGCCACUGGGUCAAAGGAGGGUCGAUUAUGGUUGCUGCUGUGCCCUCCCUUACCGACUGAGGGACAGGACAGCCUGCGCUCCAAGUUGCACUUUCCCCUGUCUCCGGGACUGCUUUUUUUCUUGUUAGUCAAGCCAGGAGACAAGCUGUGUACUGGCUGUCAACAGACACAGGGACUCCUGUAGCCUCCUAGAACAUUCUCCUCCUCUCCUCGUCUCAGGCCGGCUUCUCUCAUCUAAUCGCUCUCUGAGAGAGUGAGGCAGAGAAAACUGAGCGAGAGUGAGACAGACACAUUUUUUUUUAAGCUCAAGUGUAGUUCAAGGAGUCUGACUUGGUGCUUUUGUCUGUGAAUUCAAAUGGGAGAUUCUGGGGAGAAUUUUAGACUGCCUUUUCGUUCCCCAGCAGCACAGCCCAUAUUGGUGUGGGGUGGGGGGGACUACAAAAUGCCGACCACAGCUGGCUAGGUCAGCAGCCUUGUAGCAGUUGACAGCGUAACGUUUUGUGUGAGACACUUUGUUUUUGUCUUGGUGUCUCUUAGGACCCUUGUAACAAGCAGGCUUUUUGCAUCCGUUGGGGCCCUUGGAUUUGCAGCAUCACUUCUUUUUCCUGUUUGUGGUGGGAGAACAAGAUCAUUUAGGUGUAGAAGAAGGGAUAUGCCUUUUUUUUUUGUUCAACCAUCCUUUCCCCCGUGCUAUCUUGCAUCUAAACGAAAUACAUUUUGAAAGGGCAUUAUAAGGGGAUAAUGUCCUUGUUUUGUCACUUUCGUUGUUUUUGGUCUGAUUUUUUUUUUCCUCUUCAUUCCUUAAAUGGUGACUAAAGAAGAGAAUAUAUUGACAAUGACACUAGAUACAAAUACUGUAUAGACUAUUUAUUUGAGCUAUUUGUAAAAAUAGAAAAAUGAGAAAUAAGUCGAGACAAAAACUACAUUCCAUUUUAUGCUCUAUAUGUUCUGUUCUGAUAUGAAAUAAAGUGAAUUUUGUUUUUGCAAGUGCAGAUACCUCUCUUGUAUACCUGUGUGUCAACGGUGUCUUAGAAAAUAAAGACAUUUGUGGUAAAAA